AUGAAGAGCGCAGCCCACGAGCCGAUCCGCUUCAUCAUGACCUGCAUUCGACGUUCGUACUCGGAGCCUCCUUCUUCGUUCUUUCACGGUCCCGUUCAUGAGCCCGUGGGCGAGAGGCGGGACAAACCCCCUAUCCGGUUCAUUCAGCAGAAACAAAGAUGCGGCAAUGCAUACAGAGGCUCAGGGAAACGUGGUUGCUGCGGAAGCUUCAUCUCGAGUAUCUUCGCAACCGAGGUCUGGCUUCUAUUGUUCGUACAACACUUUUUGGCACUUGUCGUCGCCCCCCAGCAGCCAUUGAGUGAGGACCAUGACUUACCUGGUCCACACCAGCAGAACCUCUCAGCAACGCAGCUUGCUACUACGCUUGUAUCGAUCCGACCAGUCACAUCUUUGUCCGCCAAGUCUGGCCAAGCCGACUGCUCCCAUUUGAAUUCUUCCAUGCCUGGCCCGUCCAACACCUUUGAAGGGACGGAGCGCUCGGCUUAG